GUGUAUCAUCUACAACCAGAGUAUAAAUUCUUUAUCAUGAGAAAACUUCCCUCCGUUCCAUCUCGCCAUUUCUCUUCAUCCAACAGGAGCUAUAAAUGAAGGGAAAAAAAACAGAUAGAGCGAAAGAAGAAAAAGGGGGGGAGAGAGGGAAAGAGAUAGCGAUCGUUUCCGUCUAUUUCAUGCCACAGAGCUAUCUUCGACCUCUUCUGGUGCGUUAUCUCUCCCUCCCUCCUUCCCUCCUCUGACACGGUCUCUGCAAAUGUCUUCUGUCUUUAUUGGCGGAAAAACGCCUCUUUUUUCAUCUCCAGAUCUGAGGUUCUUCUCCUCCUAGGAGAAACGUAUUAGAUCCUUUCAAUACAACGGCUGCAAGCGCUCUCUCUCACUUCCAAUAUUGAUUUCUACACAUCUCCUUCCCAAAUCUUGAAGAUUUUCAAUUUCUCUCAUAAAAUUUCCAAUAUUUUUAGUCCUAUUCUCGAAAUUCGAUCCGAUCUGCUGGUUUUCUUGGUGAUAUCUACGAUGGAAGUGAGGCAGAGGAUGACGCUGCUAGAUCAGAUGUCGGUUAUACACUCUUCCAACCUUCGCGACCUUCUUCGAGUAAGAGACGAAGAAGACCGAAAGCAGAAAAAAACGCUAACCCUAGGGUCUGUGCUCCAAGAAGCCUCCGAAAAGCGAGAACUUGCCACCACAGCCGUUACUACCCUAGGCUCUGUUCUGGGCUGCAGCAUCGGCAGCGUCAGCAAUGGCGAGGAGAAACGAGAGAUCGGCUCUGUUCUGGGCUGCAGCAGUAAUGGCGAGGAGAAGCGAGAAAUCGGCUCUGUUCUGGGCUGCAGCAUCGGCAGCGGCAGUAAUGGCGAGGAGAAGCGAGAGAUCUGCUCUGUUCUGGGCUGCAGCAUCGGCAGCGGCAGCAAUGGCGAGGAGAAGCGAGAUGUCGCUGCUGCUGCAGUUGUAGGCCGUACUCUGCUCGAUAUCAUUCGAGAAGAAGAAGGCGCCAGCACUGCUGCUGCUGUUGCUGCAGCAAACGCCGCUGAUGUUGAAAUCAACGGUAUAAACAGCAGCAACGCUGGCAGCAGGAUCAGCUGGAAGUCCUUAAAGGAUCGUCUCGGUCUUCGCCGUGCCAGCGCCGCUGCUGGUAGUAGCUCCAUCGUUUCCGUCCCGACGACGGAUCUUUCGAUCUACUCACCGGGUAGUUCUCCGGGUGAGAUUGCAAAUCCACCGCCGGAACGGACGGAGAACGAAUCACCUACGUCGAUGAACGGCAAUGAUGCUGUUACAGCGGGAGAAAACGCCGCCACCGCAGCGUCGUCGUCGUCGGAUCCUGUCCGUAUGGAUUUGGCCGCUGCGUUGGCGGCGGAGCGGCGAUUGAGGCCGGCAGAGAGCGCAGAUGCGGCGGCGGCCACACCUGGAAGGAUGUCAUUGAUGACGUUGCUGGAAGAGACGGACAGUCAGCCAUGGUCCGUCGCGGCUGACGGAGAAGCUGAAGCUGAGGGAGGAGAGCAUGUGUGCUGCGUGUGCAUGGUAAGAAACAAAGGAGCGGCUUUCAUACCGUGCGGUCACACGUUUUGCAGGGUUUGUUCGAGAGAGCUGUGGAUUAGCAGAGGUGAUUGCCCUCUCUGCAAUACCCAUAUCUUGGAAAUUCUUGAUAUUUUCUAAGUGAAAAUUGAUAUUCUGGAAAAAAAAAAAAAAAUGAAAAUUCUAGUUUUCAUUUUCUGAUGUAAAGAUUGAAAUAUAUGAUUUUACCAUUUCUA